UCUUAAAGAAAAUAUUAUAUUACCCAAAGCAUUUUAUAGGAAAUCUAAAUUUAUCAUUGUUAGAAAUGAUUUAUUGCUCCUAUAUAAUGGAGCUUCAACAAAGGCUUUGUCCAUCAAGAUUUCGGUUUGGGGUUUUCCAAGUUUUCAAAGAGAGAAGCACUGAGAUGGGAGAUAUAAAAGUGAGAGGAAAGAAAGAAGAUGAAGAUGAGAAAGCAGAAGUAGAUAUUUGGAAUUAUGUAUUUGGUUAUGUUAAGAUUGCAGUAGUUAAAUGUGCCAUUGAGCUUGGGAUUGCUGAUGCAAUUGACAAGCAUGGAAGCCCCAUGACACUCUCUCAGCUAACCACUACCCUCAAGUGUCAACCAUCUCGUCUUUAUCGUAUUAUGAGGUUCUUGGUCCACUACCAAAUAUUCAAAGAGGAGCCCAUAACUAAAGAUUCCAUUGGUUUUGCACUGACGCCUUUGUCUCGUCGAUUGAGUCGACAUGGCGAAAGGAGCAUGGCGGCUAUGAUUCUACUACAGAGCAGCCCUGUUACGUUAGCAACAUGGCAUAGUCUGAGUGCUCGUGUCCUUGACAGUGGGAAUUCACCGUUUGAGACAGCACACGGGAAGGAUGUAUGGAGCUAUGCAGAGGAGAACCCUGGACAUAGCGAACUCAUAGACGAAGCAAUGGCUUGUGAUGCUAGAGUGGCAGUGCGGGCCAUAAUCGAAGGAUGUCCUCAAGUGUUUGAUGGCAUUAAAAGUUUGGUUGAUGUUGGUGGAGGCAAUGGGACUGCUUUAUCUAUGUUGGUAAAGGCAUUCCCUUGGAUUCAUGGCAUCGACUUCGAUCUUCCCCGUGUUGUUGCCGUUGCCCCGAAAGUCGAUGGCAUCAAAUACGUAGGAGGAGACAUGUUCGAGUGUGUCCCAGAGGCAGACGCUGCUUUCUUUAUGUGGGUGUUGCAUGACUGGGGUGAUGAGGAAUGCAUACAAAUCCUAAAGAAAUGUAGAGAAGCCAUCCCACAAGACAAAGGGAAGGUCAUAAUCGUUGAAUCUGUGCUUGAAGAAGAUGAAAAUGACAAGCUAGAAUUUGUGGGGUUGAUGUUAGACAUGGUGAUGAUGACACAUACGAACAAAGGCAAAGAAAGGACCUUAAAGGAAUGGAAGUAUGUUCUUGGAGAGGCUGGAUUCACCAGAAUCGAUGUAAAACCCAUUCAUGCUGUUCAAUCUGUCAUUGAAGCUUAUAUUUAGAAAUUCCACCUUGCCUGCUUUCUUUAAACUUUGUGUUAAUAAAUGGCUUCUUUUACUAUUAAACCUUAAAUCCUGUCGGGUCUUUUAUUGGCCAAAUCAUAUGAGAUCUGUUGUGGGAAAGAUGUAAUUUUCUUUUUCCAUCUGUUUAUUAUUAGUUUGGCUUGCAAUGUCUUACCCUUUAAUUGACUUCAAUCUAUAUAUAAUUAUCUGUAUCGAGCCAUUUAGGAUAAA